AUGGCUUCCAAACUGAAACAGCCACAGCCACUAUUAUCUGACCUUGUCUCCGGCAUGAGCUCUGUUCCCUCUAACUACAUCCGACCCGCCAAUGAUCGUCCAAAUUUUCAUGAGGUUGUGUCAUUUGAUGGUGCAAUUCCUCUCAUUGAUCUUCAAGACCUCAAUGGUCCUAAGCGCUCAGAUAUAAUCAAAGAGAUAGGCCUUGCCUGCCUAAAUUAUGGCUUCUUUCAAGUUAGCAACCAUGGAAUUUCAGAAGCAGUGAUCGAUAACAUGUUAGAUAUAUCAAGGGAAUUUUUCCACAUGCCGGAAAGUGAGAGGUUAAAGAAUUACUCUGAUGAUCCAAUGAAGACAAUGAGACUCUCGACUAGUUUCAACGUAAGAACUGAAAACUUAUCCAGCUGGAGGGAUUACUUAAGACUCCAUUGUCACCCUCUAGAGGACUACAUCCAGGAAUGGCCUACCAACCCUCCAUCCUUCAGAGAAGUUGUUGGUGAGUACUGUAGAAAUGCAAGAAGCCUAGCACUGAGGCUGCUUGAAGCAGUAUCCGAGAGCUUAGGACUUGAAAAAGAUUACAUAGACAAGGCUCUGGGGAAGCAUGGUCAGCACAUGGCUAUCAACUACUACCCACAUUGUCCACAGCCAGAUUUAACUUAUGGAUUACCUAAGCAUUCUGAUCCUAACGUCAUGACCAUACUUCUCCAAGAUGACGUGCCAGGUUUGCAAGUACUCAGAAAUGGCAAGUGGGUUGCUGUCAAUCCCAUUCCAUCUACCUUUAUUGUCAAUAUUGGUGAUCAAAUACAGGUACUUAGCAAUGAUCGUUACAAGAGUGUGCUACAUCGAGCAGUGGUGAAUUGUGACAAGGAGAGGAUCUCUAUUCCAACAUUCUAUUGCCCAUCGCCUGAUGCUGUGAUAGGACCAGCGCCACAGCUGAUUGAUAUUGAUUCUUCUACCCAUUAUAGGAACUUUGUUUAUAGUGAAUACUACGAAAAGUUUUGGAACCGAGGCCUCACAACUGAAACUUGUUCCAACCUGUUCAAAACAUCCCAUUCUUAA